AUGUUCAGAGCGGCAGCCGCGGGGCCCUAUGAUGAGGCCGUCGCGAAGGCGACCGACGAGAACGCCACCUCAGAGGACUGGGGCGCAAUCCUCGAGGUGUGCGACAAGGUGUCGACCGAUGCCAACGGACCCAAGGAGGUUGUUCAGAGCCUCAUCAAACGACUAGCUCACCGCAACGCCAACGUACAGCUUUAUACACUCGAGGUUGCCCACGCUCUGUGCCAGAACUGUGGCAAGAAUGUUCAUCGCGAGGUCUCCAGCAGAGCCUUCACCGAUGCCCUUCUUAAGCUGGCCAACGACAGAAACACACACUCCCAGGUCAAGACGAAGAUUCUUGAGAAAAUGCAGGACUGGAGCGAAAUGUUCAAGGACGACCCCGAUCUUGGUAUCAUGUACGAUGCCUAUUUCCGCCUCAAGCAGAACAACCCGACGCUUCAAGCCCCGAGCGCCCCUCAGAAACAGGGCCUUACCGAAACCGACAGACAGAAGGAGGACGACGAGCUUCAGAUGGCACUGAAGCUGAGUUUGCAGGAGGAGGAGCGGAAGAAAGCUGGUCCCUCCGGUUCGGGCAGUCAGGGCGAGGCUGGUGGAAAGCAAAAAGACAACACACCUCCCGCGCCGGUCCCUGCGGGCACUACCGCCGCCACUGUUAGCAGGGUUCGCGCUCUCUAUGACUUCGCACCCUCGGAGCCAGGAGAGUUGGAGUUUAAGCGCGGUGAUGUCAUUGCUGUCCUGGAGAGCGUCUACAAGGAUUGGUGGCGCGGCUCGCUCAAGGGGAAGACGGGUAUCUUCCCCCUCAACUAUGUCGAGAAGCUCACAGACCCGACCCCGGAUGAGCUGCAACGGGAGGCACAGAUGGAGGCCGAAGUCUUUGCAGAGAUCAAGAAUGUGGAGAAGCUGUUGACUCUGUUGAGUGCGUCCAAUACGGCGCCCCGUGAGGAGGAUAAUGAGGAGAUCUCAAAACUCUACCACCAGACACUUGCUAUUCGCCCAAAGCUCAUCAAGCUCAUUGAGAAGUAUUCGCAGAAGAAGGACGACUUUACACAGCUUAACGAGAAAUUCAUCAAGGCACGUAGAGAUUAUGAGGCACUGCUCGAAUCAUCCAUGUCCCACCCUCCUCAGCAUAGCUACACGCAAUAUGCUAUGCGUCCUGCUAUCCCAGGCCAAGGUUAUCCUCAAGCCCCUGGUGGAUAUCCCCAACAAGCUCCACCGCAGUCUGAGCCUCAAAGGUUCUACACACCUCAACCUGGCCCAGGCGCUCAGCCCCAAGACCAUCCUCCAUAUCAGCCAUCUUCACCACCUCCUAGCUUUCCCGCACAAAACCCCGUGUCUUCUGCUCCCUUCUAUGUAGCAGGAGCAGAGGUUCCCUCAACUCACGCCAGUGUACCCCAGCCUCACCCUCCCGCUCCACAGUUUGGUGGUAGGGAGCAAGCUCCCGUCCACCCACAGAACACCGUCAAGCCUCCAGGGCCUAUCAACCCAUCAUCUCCACCGCAGCAUUAUUCUGCUUAUGGCCAACCUCCUAACCAAACCGCCGGUGGUCGUCCACCCAGCACAUAUGGCGUCCAAGAACUUGCCGCCUCAGGCUCCGGUUAUGGCUCUCCCAUAACGGGCGAUCAUCCCCAGCCGCCUACCAGCUUCUCUCCCAACCCCAAUUAUUCCCCGGAUGACAGCAACCCUUAUGCAGGGCCACCAAGCGGUCCCAGUGCACCACCACCCCCUUUCGUCCCUGGCCAGCCAUCCUACCAAACUUACGGCACUUCAGCUCAAACUCCGCCUCCGGUCCCAACCGGCCAGCCUCCACAAGUGCCACCUGAUAGUAUGGCACCGCUCCCUCUUCAGAUUGGUGGUCCUGCAUAUGAUUCUCGCCAGAAUCUACCCAGCCAACACGGAGGACAAACCCAGUACAAACCAUAUGUACCUGCGGGGGGUCUAGAAAACUCCGGACCAAGCGCCCCUGCACCAAACGACUACUACCAUAGCGGUGCGUAUUAG